AUGACCUUGCGCAAGGCUCGACAGAAUCCCCGCUCCUCCGCAAACAACACUCAACCCGCACAGUACGAACCAGACCUACAAGCUCUUCAAGGAAGCCAAUCGCUAGAAAUGUCUGCCGACGCUCCGACUAUUCCUUCGCCGCCCGCCAGAUCCAACGAGGACCUUAACAUUACCGUUGUCCGCCGGUACAACCCUUCGAUAUCCACGAUUCUAUCACUAGCUCCGUUCGCAGUUAUAUACAUCUUCAGCGCAACAACGCAAUCAUGGGAAAAAGCCGGAAUCGAGGGAACGUUGUUCGUAUGCCAGCUCACAAAGGGCGACCUGGGCGAGGAGAGAUAUAGCGUCAUGGUGCUCAAUAGACGUGGAAUGGACAACUUUGAAGCUAGGCUAAUAAGCGGCGACGACGUUGAAAUCACUGACCAAUACGUUAUUUUGAAAGUGGAUGGGUUCGAAAAAGGCCGCGAAGGCGCUAUCCGCUCAGCAGAUGGACGCACCUCGAUGAUAUAUGGCGUAUGGAUCUUCUCCGAACCAGCACCGAGUUCGACAGCCGAGAUGAGAACGAUAAACGCAGAGAUGAUCAAAGAGUGUGCUGUGCACGGCGGGGAAAGCAGAAAGCUUGCGGAAGAGAGACUGGCAGCUGAACGCAGCCAGAGUGCACAUGUUCAAGAAGCCCCCGGUGCCAUACCCAUGAACCGCCAGGUCUCGUUGAAGGAGCUAUUCGGUCAACAAAGGGCACAGGAUGACGCGUGGAGUGUCAAAGUCCAUAGUCCUUUGAAUGAGUCCGGCCCUCACGCUCCGGUGCAACAGGUUGCGAAUCAACCUAGCGGUUGGCCCGCACCUCAGGGAGCACAUCCCCCAAGCAACAAUGACGUGCUGGGUGCGCUAUUCCGCAAAGCAAAUCUGGGAUACCAGGGAUACUCUUAG